UGGAGCGCAGUGUGUUAACGCCUUAAUACAAAACGGCGGGCCGCGUAGCUCGCACGUCCGCGCUUAGUAAAACUCGAGUGAUUGUUAUGAAGCUGUCGGUUUAUGUUUGAAACUGUUUACGAUGGAAGUAAGUGCGAUGCCGCCGAUGCCUUUGGACUUUUCAAUGGUUAGGAAUGGUGGAAGUUCUCCGAGUAUGAGGGAAGGAUCGCCGAGGCCGGUGUCGAACAGCGCUUUCAGAGUUGUCACGCCGAAAGGAGUAUCAGCGAGCGAGGCGCUUCGAAACGGUCUUUGCCAGUCACUAUGGUCGCCUGUGACGCGCCACGAGCCUCGUAUAGCUUCACCACCGCAACAAAUAGAUAAUUACCCCAUUAGAGAAGAAAUUAAGUUUGGUAUCAACCGACUGGUAGGUGAGAGGACAGAUGAGGAGGAUAAUGAAUCACACAAUAAUGAAACCUCGAGGGCAGAAGGGGUAUCCCCUACGUCACGCUGUGGUAGUCCAUGCUGGGCACCUUCGCCUCAUUCACCGCGAUCUGUUCGUUCGACCUCUCCCGAACUGGAAGUGGAUUCACCGCCAUCGUCUCCUAGACGACCACCUGAUUCAUCACCACCGUUAAAGAGAUCAGAAGCCUUUUCCGUGAGUGCUUUAUUAAGACCAGAUGCACCGAGAGUGCAGCCGCAAAGACCUUUCCUAUAUCCGCCAUUACCAUUCGCUGAAUUUCUUAGAGAUGCUGGUAGCUUGGGACUUCCAGGUUGGGGCGGUUAUAGUAAUUUAUAUCUUCAUGCAGUCCAAGCGGCUGGACCAGAGCUAUUAAGACUACGUGCGGCAGUUCUUGGAGCCCCAAGUCCAUUAUCAAGACCAUUACCCAUCGGAGAUGUCUAUUCUUGUGUUAAGUGUGAAAAAAUGUUUAGUACGCCGCACGGUUUAGAAGUGCACGCCAGAAGAUCACAUAACGGAAAGAGGCCUUUCGCAUGUGAACUGUGUAGCAAGACAUUCGGCCACGAAAUCAGCCUUAGCCAACAUAGGGCUGUCCACAGUGUAGAAAAAGUCUUCGAAUGUAAGCAGUGUGGGAAGACCUUCAAACGGUCCAGCACGCUGUCGACCCAUCUACUCAUACAUUCCGACACCAGGCCCUACCCGUGCCAGUACUGUGGCAAGCGGUUUCACCAAAAAUCCGACAUGAAAAAACACACCUACAUUCAUACUGGUGAAAAGCCUCACAAAUGCCAAGUGUGCGGUAAAGCGUUCAGCCAAAGUUCAAAUCUAAUUACACACUCGCGCAAACACACCGGUUUUAAGCCUUUCGCUUGCGAACUGUGCGGGCGGGCGUUCCAGAGGAAAGUAGACUUACGGAGGCACAGAGAAACUCAACAUGCCGAUUUGCGAAAUCCUCAACACAUGCAACCUCCGCAUACCGAUGUGCAUGGUAUGCAUGCGCCUGACAUGCAUGUGGCGGAUCGGAUAGAUCUUCGUCAACCUCACCCUGAUCUUCGACAACCUGACUUCAGGAUGAGCAGCGCGGUACCUCCUCUUCAACCGCUCCCCUCCUGAACGUCAACCGCCUUCGCGCCCUGGCGCUGAGGCAUUCACCACCUUACUAGCUUGUAAAUAAAAUACAAAAUACAACACAAAUAUAUGUUAACCAAAGACACUCGUGUGAUUUGAAAACGGUGAAGAAAUUUUAGUAGUAUCUUAAGAUUUUUUAUCUCAACGGCUUGUAAUUACGAUAAACAAUUGACAAUGUUUUGUGCUUUUAAUAAAAAAACAACAAUGUUGGAACAGCACCGGACUCGAUUCAUUGUUGAAUCAACAUUCUUAUUGUUAAGUUCACAAGAACCACCAAAGAAUGGCUUGACUAAAGAACUAUUUAUUUUAUUGAAUACAUAGGUGUUAAAUUGAAAUAUUAUUUAGGAAAUUAAAAUAUGGUACAUUUUAAAUAUGACAUAAGUAUCAAUUAUAAGGUUUAUGUAAGUUUUUGAUCUCAACGAGAAAUUAAUAAAUUAUCUGUUAUUCGUACUCAUUAAAGAAAUUAUUCAUAAUAAAAAAAAAAAACUAUUAAUAUUUCAUACCUUAGAACGAUAUUUGAUUGUUUCGCUAUUCUUACGAACAAUAUAAUUUACAUAAAAUAUUUUUCUUUACAUAUUAAAUAAUUACAUAAACCAAAUAUCAAUUAACGUCAUUCCAAUUAUUUUUUUUAUACAAUUUAAAUAUUAAUUGGAUAAAAUCCUUUAGAUAAUUCCAUAUACAUCAUUCCGAAUAAAGUUAAUUUUUAUGAUAUAACUUACAAAUAUGUUGUACCUAAGUACCCUACUUAAUUGAAGCUUACACUAUCUUAUAAAUAUAAAAAAAUAUGCUUGUAUAUUGUAAUAAAUGCAUUCACGCGAAGUCGAUCGAUCAAGUAAGCUUUGCACAGAUGUUCUUGGCACUUGUGUGAAGGUUUCUGACGCGAGUCACAUCGGAUUUUCACUUAUAUAAAAAAAUACUGACACUGUGACGUGUUCUUACAUUAUGUAAUUACAUAUAUUA